GCGAUGCGGCCAUUUCUAGCGGUUGAUCAUUUUUCCUUUAGAGAAAGAUUGAGUCGGGGAGAGCUGAUGAGCCACACAAAGGAGGACAGCAACAGGAAAACGGGCAGCAAAGCGUGUGCCACUGCUCGUGAGCUGUGAGUCAGGAGGUGGCCAAGGGCACAAAGAUCACUCACUUGCAAAGCAAACCAGAAAGAUUUUGGUUCUGUAACACACGAGUGUUGUCCCUGAGGUCAUCGUCCGACUGUGCUGUGCUUUGCUUACCUUCUUCUCUUUCUGUUUUCUGGUGAGUCUGCAGGGUGAAAAUGUAUAGGAAAAGGACAUAGAUGUGAUUGCUUAAUGUAUCUUAGAGGAAAUGUUCCUGUCUUUCCAUGCAGAUCUUUAACUUUCUGGAGGAAAUGAAGACAUUUCCACUACAGAAUUAGUUCUGAACUUUCUUGAACAAAAAGGUCAAAUAAGUAAAAACAGUGCUUUUGCUGCACCUUUCUUCACGUUUCACAUGCUGCCCAGCACACUGCUUUCCAUGGAUGGUUUCCUUUGGCUGUUCCCCCCAGAACCACAAGCUCAGGGCACCUCUGCCCCUGUGUUUUUGCUGGGGGUGCAGCUGAGCUCUCACCCUAUCUGCUGCCUUGAAUUAAUUGCAGUGAAAUACAACACUUGCACCAUGGUUUCUCCUUGUUAACUCUUUCACGUGUUCUUCCACUUCCUCUUUAAUUGCCUCAUUGCCAGCCUGCUUUCCAUCCUCUGUGACUGGCCUCAAAAUGAGCGGAACUGUUUUGAUCACGACUGCUGUUGGCCUCUGAGCAUCACACUCUGCUUCUCUGUUCCUUUUUCAGGACACAAAGGCUAUUUCCCACACGUUAAUAACCUGCAGAGAACAUUUCCAGGCUCCGUCCCCACAGUUUGAUGCUGUGGGCAUGGCAGGUCUCCCAGGAGCAGUCCUUGGUGUCAGCACAGAGCUCACCUGCAGCCACCCCACUGCCAUCACCAAGCUAAACCAGCACAGCAGCGCCUGGAGAAACUCAUGCAGGCUGUGCUUUCUGCUUUAAGUUGCUCGGUGGCACCCCUGACCCCCUGUGAAUUCACAGUGGCGUUUGGAUGGGGGUGGAAGACUGAGCUCAGGUGCUGCCCUGGGUUCACAUUGCUGCAUUUGGGGCCGAGUUUGUGCCCACAGAAGGCAGAACUCCUCCUGGCUCUGCUCAGAGCUGCUUCUGGCACGUGGGGGGCUUUGAAGCUGGGAGGAGCGGAUCGUCGGGGUUAAUUUACUCUGUCAUUAAGUCACUUACAACCCACGUGUGCGCGGAAACUCCAGCUGCGUCGAGCUGCACCGCCUGAUUUCUGGAAGCAUUACAAACCCUCCAGGGAAUCACUUUGCUAUUGUGCCCUCCUCUUGAGUUAUUGUUGGAGAAAACAAAGCUGCCGUUCAGCUCACCGCGGGGUGGGCGUGCUGCUGCCAGCGAAGGCCGACAGGAGCGGACAGCCCACAGGAGCCGCGGGUCCCUCCGCUGCCGCGGGCGGAUGGAGCCGUCCCGAACCUGCAGGGACGGGCGCUGACACCGGGGGGCGCUGCGGCGCGCGGCCGGGAGGAGCUGCGGGCGGCGCCGGAGCGCUCGGUGCCCGGUGUGCGCGGUGCGUGCUGCGCCGUGUGCGCUGCGCAGCCAUGAACAGCAUCAAGAGCGUUCCCGCACGGGUGCUGAGCCGGCGGGCCGGACACAGCCUGGAGGCGGAGAGGGAGCAGUUCGAUAAGAACCAGGCCAUCAGCAUCAGCAAAGCCAUCAACACACAGGAGGCGCCGGUGAAGGAGAAGCAUGCACGCCGGAUCAUUCUGGGGACGCACCACGAGAAGGGCGCCUUCACCUUUUGGUCCUACGCCAUCGGGCUGCCCCUGCCCAGCAGCUCCAUCCUCAGCUGGAAGUUCUGCCAUGUCCUGCACAAAGUCCUGCGUGACGGCCACCCCAAUGUCCUGCAGGACUGCCAGCGGUACCGCAGCAACAUCCGUGAGGUGGGAGACCUGUGGGGCCACUUGCACGACCGCUACGGGCAGCUGGUGAGCAUCUACACACGGCUGCUCCUCACCAAGAUCUCCUUCCAUGCCAAGCACCCCGAGUUCCCCGCAGGCCUUGAGGUCUCAGAUGAGGUCCUAGAAAAGACAGCAGGCACGGACGUGAAUAACAUCUUCCAGCUGACAGUGGAGCUCUUCGACUACCUGGACUGUGAGCUGAAGCUGUCAGAAUCAGUUUUCCGGCAGCUCAACACCUCCAUGGCAGUGUCACAGAUGUCAGCGGUGCAGUGCCGCCUGGCACCCCUCAUCCAGGUCAUCCAGGACUGCAGCCACCUCUACCACUACGCCGUCAAGCUCAUGUUCAAGCUGCACUCCUGUCUACCGGCUGACACGCUGCAGGGCCACCGAGACCGCUUCCACGAGCAGUUCCGCAGCCUCAAAAACUUCUUUAAGAAGGCCUCUGACAUGCUGUAUUUCAAGCGGCUCAUCCAGAUCCCCCGGCUGCCUGAGAGCCCCCCAAACUUCUUGCGGGCUUCGGCACUGGCGGAGCAUGUGAAGCCGGUGGUCGUUAUCCCUGAGGAGGCCCCUGAAGAUGAGGAGCCAGAGAACCUCAUUGAGAUCAGCACAGCCUCCACCACAGAGCCACAGGUCACCUCAGAUAUUUUUGAGCAUACCUUUGGGCCGCCCAACGGCAUUCGGGAUGACAGGGACGCACAGAUUGAGAGCCUGACAAGGGAGGUGGACACACUCCGUGCUGAGAUGGAGAAGAUCAAGCUGGAGGCACAGCGCUACAUCACACAGCUCAAGGCACAGGUGAACAGCCUGGAGGGAGAAGUGGAGGAGCAGCGCAAGCAGAAGCAGAAGGCUCUGGUGGACAACGAGCAGCUCCGGGAUGAGCUGGAGAGGCUGCAGCAGGCAAAGCAGGACAGCGAGCGGUCGCUGCGGCUCUGCGCCGAGGCAGAAAAGAAAGCCAGUGCCACUGAGAUCCGCUACACGAAGCUGAAGGAGAAGCACAGUGAACUCAUCAAUACUCACGCUGAGCUCCUGAGGAAGAACGCCGACACAGCCAAGCAGCUGACGGUGACGCAGCAGAGCCAGGAGGAGGUGGCACGUGUCAAGGAGCAGCUGGCGUUUCAGGUUGAGCAAGUCAAGCGGGAAGCAGAGCUGAAGCUGGAGGACCAGAGCGUGCAGAUGGAGCAGCUGCGGCAGGAGCUGGAGGCGCGGCGGGAUGAGCUGGACCAGGCCCAGCGCUCGCUUGGCCACGCCAAGCAGGCAGGCACGGAGCUCAGCGCCCAGCUGGAGACCCUGCAGGCUGAGAAGGAGCAGCUGAGGCGGUCGAUGAGUGAGAAGGAGUGCGAGCUGCUCUCAGUGCACAGCCUCGUCCAGGAGAAGGAGCUGCAGCUGAGCCAGGAGGCUGACAAGGCCUCCAAGGAGAUCUGUGAGCUGCAGGGCAGGCUGCUGGAGAAGUGCAAUCAGGAGCAGAGCCUGCAGCAGAAGCUGCUGGAUGAGCAGUUCAGUAUCCUGCAGGAGACAGUACAGGAAGCUGAGGGCAUCCUCCGUGAUGCGGUGGCAAAGCUGGAUGACCCACUGCACGUCCGUUGCACCAGCUCCCCAGAUUACUUGCUCAGCCGGGCAGAGGCAGCACUGGAGUCCACAGACGCCCUGGAGAGCGGGCACGCGCAGUACGUGGCCUCCAUGGCAGAUGCUGCAGCACUGGUGGGUGCCCUGGCCCUCUUUGCUCACCUGACAGCCGACACCAUCGUGAAUGGCAGUGCCACAUCCCACCUGGCUCCCACUGACCACGCUGACCGACUGACAGAGACGUGCCGCGACUGCGGGCAGCGCAGCCUGGACUACCUGGGCAAGCUGAAGGACAAGCAGACAUUGGGAUGUGCUGAGCUGGGGGAUGUGCGACAGGCGCUGCGGGGUGUCCUGGGGCUGGCCCAGGAGCUGAGGCCGAAAAGCUUGGACAUCAAGCAGGAGGAACUGGGGGACAUGGUUGAGAAGGAGAUGGCUUCCACCUCUGCGGCAAUUGAAGACGCUGUCAGACGAAUAGAGGACAUGAUGAGCCGGGCCAGGAACGAAAGCUCCGGCAUCAAACUUGAAGUGAAUGAGCGGAUUCUGAACUCCUGCACAGACUUAAUGAAGGCUAUUAGGCUUCUUGUAAUGACGUCAACGAACUUACAGAAGGAGAUUGUGGAGAGUGGUCGGGGGGCAGCAACAACUCAGGAGUUUUAUGCCAAGAACUCUCGCUGGACCGAAGGGCUGAUCUCUGCCUCCAAGGCCGUGGGCUGGGGAGCCACACAGCUUGUGGAGUCGGCAGACAGAGUUGUCUUGCAGACAGGCAAAUAUGAAGAGCUGAUUGUCUGCUCCCAUGAAAUCGCUGCCAGCACGGCCCAGCUGGUGGCUGCCUCCAAGGUGAAAGCAGAGAAGAGCAGCAGGAACUUGGGCAAGCUGCAGGAGUGCUCCCGCAACGUCAACGAGAUGGCAGCCAAUGUGGUGGCCUCCACCAGGUCGGGGCAGGAGCAGAUUGAGGAUAAAGACACCAUGGACUUUUCGGGCAUGUCCCUCAUCAAGCUGAAGAAGGAAGAAAUGGAGACGCAGGUGAAGGUGCUGGAGCUGGAGAAGCGCCUGGAAGGCGAGCGGGUGCGCCUGGGCGAGCUGAGGAAGCAGCACUACGCCUUGGCUGGGCCCUACGAUGCGGUGGAGGAUGGGGAGGCACGGCCAGCACCAGCCCCCAGGAGAGGCAUCCUCAAAAAGCCGGCCCUCGCCCAGAAGCCCGGCCACAUCCCAGGGCCAGGCGGGGAGCCCGAGCGAGAUGCCAGCCUGCACCGCACACACGCCGUCAACUUCUAGCAGGACGGAGGGGCCAGGCCUGCGCCAUCAGAGCUCUUACAUCUGUGUUUUAAACAGAUCGCCUUGCCUUGGCGUGCCUUCAUGCGUGGGGGUCUCCUCCUCACCCGGCCUGAGAAACUGGAAUUAUUAUUUUUCUUUUUUUUUUUUUCCAGCCAAAAACUUAUUUUGUUUGUUUUUCCCAUCAGUUCCUCUCCAUGGAGCAGCUGGGCUCCCAGGCCCCACGGGCUGCCAGCCCCGCACUUCGUUUGGUUUAAUUUAAUUUAGGACUUAUUUGGGUUGAUUUAUUUUAUUUUAUCAGCACUAGACGCCUUCAGUAAAUGUAGCUCUCCUGUACUGCUCAGACCCUUUUGAAGAAUGUGAGGUGUUUUUGAAGUAGGAAACUGUUGGGCUUUUCUUGCACCUGUAUUUUUUUUUUUAACUUCCCCUUCAGGAAUAUUUUGACCUUGUUUUGGUGUGGGAUCAGCUCUCAGCAAAGAGGGGAACGUCUCUUUUACUGGGCUUUCAGAAGGGAGAAAGCAGUUCCUGGCACACACUGGCAAUAAGGAUACAAGCAUCUUUUUAUUUCCUUUUCUAUUUUUUAUUACUACAGCAACACCAGAGGAGCAGUUGCAUUAUGUUUUAUAUUUAAGAUAAUUAGCAGAAUUAAAUCUAAAUGUGGCCUGCAGGAGCUCAGGUCCAUUACAUGUGGUGAAUUCUGCAGCAAUAACGAAACCAAUGUGAGGAGACGUGAGGGCACAGGAAACACAGCUGGCUUAUCUUCUCUUCGAACUGCUACUGGAUGUAGAUUAUUAAAGCAGCAAUAUUUAAACUGUGUGCAGUGCUCUGUCAGCAGCAGGGUUGGCACUAACAGCCAGUUAACUGGGGAGAGCGGGUCACUGCUGGGAGCCAAGGGUGAGUGGAAUUGUGGCAUGGCAGGGGUUUGAAGAGACUGCUAGGAGCACCAACCCCCACCCCCCAUUGACCCCAUCCCUCAGUGCCACAUCCCUAUGGCUCCUGAGCACCCCCAGGGAUGGUGGCCCCACCAACUGGUCAUCCCCACACCUGGAAAUACUAACUAAUACACAUCUCUACACAGAAGGAUGCCUGAGAGAAGGUGAGCACAGUGAGCAAGGUAGGGGGAGGGUCCUUCAAUAAUAGUAAUAAUAUACAGAAUCAACAUUUCUAUCCCGUUCCUUGCAAUACUGUCUUACAAUCAUGAUUCAGGCACGCUAAAUUAAAACCAACAAAAGCCCCUACAGCUCAGUUCAUGUGAUUAACAAAAGGCUGUAAAGCUGUUGGUUACAAUUAUGAGUUGUUCUAUCUAAAGAAAGAAGCAGUUCCAAGGCAUUUUGUUAUUGAUUUUCGGCCCUAUCAGCCUCCUGGUGAGUCAGGCCUUCCCAGUUCUGCACCACAAACCACAUGAUGGGGCUAUGAGCAGCCAUUGGGUGCCACACACACAGCAGCUCAGCACUGCUUGGUUUCGUUUCUGAAACCUCUGCCCACAAGGAAAUGCUUCCUGCAGCAGUUUCUUCUCUAUUUAUAGGUGGUGAUAAAGGUGUGUUUGCUGAGAGGCUGAUGUCAUGCUGACCUCUCAUGGUAGUACAUUUCAUCAUGGAAACAUUGAUUAGCCAAGAAUGCAAAGUUCUUAAAAUGUCAGGCCCAUCAGUCUAGCCGUAGCUCCACUUAGAGGUUAAAGAACUCAAAGUAUGGUAAAAGGACUUUAAAACAGUGCUGAGGGUGAAUGGGAUUUUGAUCAAUGCUGCUGGUUCAUUCUUACUUACUGAAAGCAAUACUUAGGCUGCACUUAAAGUAACCCAUGCAGGCACAUACAGCCUCAGAGAGUAACAGUGAAACCAAGCCCCAAAGGUCACUUAGAGCAUCACCUAUGUUCUAAAGUAAUUUCCUAUCAAAUUAAGCUUGCUGUUAGUGUUAUGAAUUCCUCAAUUCCAACAUUUUUAGUAAAGUAUUUAGUAUUUGCAGCAGCCAUUAAGAAAAACAACAAACCACAGUGUGAACUGUACACAAAGCUGUGUUCUGAGACUCCACAAGAAUCCUGCUGUACAGGAUCAAAUUUGGUAAUGACUUUUAAAUGCCAGUAUUGUACCUGUGGAACGAGGGAGAUACUUAGAGCUGUGUACCUGCAACAAAGACAGUGGAAAAUCACCAAAAGAAAGAUGUGAAAUAUUACAUUUCCUCCCUUCUGCUGAGGUUGGUUCUGUACAACAUUUUGUUGUACGGGUUUUGCCUGAAGCAGUUUUCCAGCAGCCUCAUCCUAGAGCCUUCCUCCCUCUGCAUGCACCACUGGGGCUGCAGCCAACCCCUCGUAACCACAAAUUGCUUUGGACACGAGCACAGAGCAGCUCGAGUUCAGUGCCACUGAGAGUGGAGUUUAAAAAACACCCAUCUCUGAUCACUGGCAAGAAAAAGGGGCACUGAAAUUAAGCACACCAAUAGGAAGCACUGCUCUAGGAGGCCAGGUGAAAGGCGGCUUUGUGAAAACGUGAGCAGAGGGAAAGGGGCAAACCUGCGAAAGCCCUGUGUCAGGGUUGAUUAAUAGGCAGGCAGGGAUUGCAAGUGCUACAGAAGGGUGUGGGUGGGCUUGGACAGCACCCAAAUCCACCUUUCAAAGAGAAGGGAGGACACAAGAUGCAAAGUGCUGCCAUGUACCCAACACCGCACAGCUUGCGCAUCUGUGCCAUUCCGUUCAGUUACCUGUGACACAGCCGGGUGCCUCCAGCAUCACAGCUGUGUGACUUCUCCUCUGGGGAAGCAACGGUCCCACCUGAAGCCCUGCCUCAGCACAGGCACUUCCUGAAGCUCAGGGUGCACCUCUGCCCCACAGCACAGGGGCUGCAGUGAAUUCUUUCAAGAGCUGUGAAGGAGCUGCAGCUUUUAUAUAACAGCACCUCCUCCCCUCGCCCACCCGGCUGAGUCAGCACGGUUUGCUCUAUCUGCUGUUUGCUAUUUCGGCGUUAGCAGAAGGUUAGCGCGGCUCCGCAGCCACCACAAAUGGAACACAGCAAGAAAAGCAUUUUUAAAGGGAUUUUCUUCCAUCUAUUAACAUCAGUUCUUCUCCAGGAGGGCUUCUAUUUUACACCGCUAUUCAAGGGACAGAUAUUACAUCAUGUUCUUUCUGCCAUCUGACUCAUACUCCUAAAUAACUUUGGUUGACUCAUUUCUCCUAACUUGACUUGGCUGAAUUCUUUUUCCUCCACUAACAAAAGAAAAGCAGGCUUCCCCCUUUUCCCAGAGCAAGAAUUUAGAUGCUUCCAUUCUAGGUAAUGGUGGGAAACAAAAACAGACUCCAACUUUGCUAUGACUGAUAUGCACAGAGUCUGAGUAGAGCUGCCCGUUAUCAGUGGCACACCAAGUGGACUCAUCAUAACCAGCUGAUGAGAACAUGAGCAAUGGCUUUGUUAUGAAGUUAUUUUCCUGCUAAUUUAAGUUCCGCAUUCACCUACUACUGUUACCUUGCUAAAACACAUCAUUAGCAUUGAAAAACACCAGUCUACAUGAUUAAAUGAAGCCACAAUGGAGCGUGGCACCAAGAGAGAUACGAUGUUUUAUUUAAAAUCAGACCACAGUAGAUUACAGAAAGACAUUAUGCAAACAAAUCCACUGUACAUUUCACAACUCGCCAGGCAUACAAAACUGCCCCUUUAUUUGACUGUCCAGGAUUACACAGAGGAACCGUUCAGGUGCAGGACAACUCUGCCUCCUCUGAGCUCAGCAUUUGCCAAGUAGCUCCCAACUGUCUGUGUGAGCUCUACUUCAUUCCAGUUUGAGGGGGCAAAGAAGUCCAAAAGAGGCAGAGGCUGAGGUUGUGGAGAUGGGGGCACUCAGCCACCCAUGAGUGACUGUGCCCAGGGCCCUGCCUCCUGGAACCACACAGCUCUUAUCCUAAACGGUCCCUCAGGGUCAGUGGCACAAAAACGACCCACGUGGAGCAGCUCAGUGCAACCCAGCCUCCAAGGGACAGCGCAGAAGUGCAGAGAACUCAUCCUGGAGUUUGAGCCCUUCAAUGCUGAUCAUUGUUCAAAAAAACCCCAAAACAUCCCCCCACCCCCCCCCCCCCAAAAAAAACAA